AUAUGAUAAUCUUGUUCAAUUGAUGGGUGGAAAAGAAAAAGUUCCAGGAAUAGGUAGAUGGGCUGCAGGAGUAAACAGGCUAGCCGCAAUAUUACAUGAUAAUGAUAUUCUACGGGAAAGGCCAAUUGCGGUUGUCAUCAUUCGGGAUCGAGAUAUGGCUAUUUUAUCAACGGAAAAUUGUAGCACAAAUAAUAACAUGAUGCUUUAUUGCUAUGGCCUUAAAAUUUCUAGAGUGUUACGCUCUCAUAAUAUUAAAACAUUUCUUUAUCAUAUUCCUAGUGCAGAUCAUCUAUCACUGAAAACUAUAUUGGCAAACGUUGUAAAAACAAAUGCUUCACAUGCAAUAUUGGUAGGAGAAAAGGAAAUUAUGAAUGAUAAAGCGAUAUUAAAGGAUUUAGAUUUAAAAGUUCAAAAUGAAUAUAAAUUAGAAGAUAUCGUACAACCAAUUUUAGAAUCCAAAAAAAUAAAUAGCUAA